AAUUCGACCGUUGCACAGCGUUUCCUUUCAGGAUCUUCAUUUCCUUUCCUGUCUCUCCUCGUCUCCACCAAUCCCUCCCUCCUCCCAUUACUCUCUCUCUCUCUCUCUCUCUCACAUGACGAUUGCUGCAGAGACUCAACAGCAAGAGCAGGCUACUCCAGAGGUGAAAGCAGCAGAGAAAAGAAGAUGGACGCUGAAUGAUUUCGAUAUAGGAAAGCCUCUUGGACGAGGAAAGUUUGGUCAUGUCUACUUAGCCCGAGAGAAGAGGAGCAAUCAUAUUGUGGCUCUAAAGGUGCUCUUUAAGAGUCAGUUGCAACAAUCACAAGUUGAACAUCAACUCCGUCGGGAAGUUGAAAUUCAAAGUCAUCUCCGACAUCCCAACAUAUUACGCCUUUAUGGUUAUUUUUAUGAUCAGAAACGAGUUUACUUGAUAUUAGAAUAUGCAGCAAAGGGUGAACUAUACAAAGAAUUGCAGAAGUGUAAAUACUUUAGUGAAAGACGUGCUGCUACAUAUGUUGCCUCGUUAGCUCGGGCACUGAUUUAUUGCCAUGGCAAGCAUGUAAUUCACAGAGAUAUCAAACCAGAGAACCUUUUGAUCGGUGCACAGGGUGAAUUGAAGAUUGCAGAUUUUGGUUGGUCAGUGCAUACAUUUAACCGGAGACAGACAAUGUGUGGGACAUUGGAUUACUUGCCCCCUGAGAUGGUGGAAAGUGUAGAGCAUGAUGCUACUGUUGAUAUCUGGAGCCUGGGAGUUUUGUGUUACGAGUUUUUGUAUGGGGUCCCUCCUUUUGAAGCCAAGGAACACUCAGACACAUACAGAAGGAUUGUGCAAGUGGAUCUAAAUUUCCCUCCUAAACCUGCUGUUUCUUCUGCUGCCAAGGACUUAAUUAGUCAGAUGCUUGUCAAGGAUUCUGCACAGCGCCUGCCAUUGCAUAAGCUACUUGAGCAUCCUUGGAUUGUUCAGAAUGCCGAUUCCUCUGGAGUCUAUAAGGGUUGAGUUGCCUUGUCUUUUUGAUUAAUCAUGGUCAUAGAUUUUAAGCGGAAACCUCACAAGAGCAGCUCUGUGGAUGGAUUGUGACGAGCUGAUACCUGUAUUGACUUGCAAAAAUGAUAGGUGCGUCUGCCAGACCCAUUUCAUGGCAGUAUACAUGCUGCUUCACCACUUUACGAGUUCAUUGCAUAAGUUGACUCAAAGCUUUGUGCAAAAGAAACCAUUUGUUUUUGAAUGAUAAUGUAAAAUUCAUUUGUA